UCAAAAUAUAAAUGCCACGGCAAAAUGAUAAAAGUAUUGCGCCUCAACUUUGCGGUUUUGCGCAGGUUUUUUUAUUUUCCAUCAUCAUCUGGAAAUGUAAUCAUAGGGACACGUUCCAACCAACAACUACAAAAUUCGGAUACUCUUGCCACUAUGCAGUUUUCUUCUGCAAUUUUGUUGAAAGCACGACCAAUCACGGCCCGCCACGUCCAAGCACGUUCCUCUGAAUUUUGGCUUUAUAGCCCGGGACUCCGGAGAUCAGGCCACUUAAGCUAAAUUCCUCACAAUUCCGGUCACAUUACUCACUUCCCAAAUUAAUUAAUUCCGAUGCUGGGUGGUCUCGUCUCCUCCGCCCGCACAAAUGUACGCGUCGUUAUCGUCGGCGAUCGCGGCACCGGCAAAUCCAGUCUCAUCGCCGCCGCUUCGGCUGAAAGGUUCAUCCACCAAGUCCCGCCGGUUCUCCCUCCCACUCGCCUCCCCGCCGACUUCUAUCCCGAUAACGUCCCCAUCACUCUCAUCGACACCUCAUCCAGUUUAGAGAAUAGAGGCAAGCUUGCUGAAGAAUUGAAGCGAGCUGAUUCAGUUGUAUUGACUUACGCAUGUGAUCAGCCUUCCUCACUGAAGCGACUCUCCACGUUUUGGCUCCACGAACUUCGACGUUUAGAGAUUAAGGUUCCGGUGAUAGUGGUGGGAUGCAAGCUGGAUAAGCGGGACGCCGAUGAUCCUACCAAUUUAGAGCAUGUGAUGGCCCCAAUCAUGCACCAGUUUCGGGAGAUUGAGACUUGUAUUGAAUGUUCAGCUGCAAAUCUGGUUCAGGUUCCUGAGGUGUUUUAUUAUGCCCAAAAGUCAGUUAUUCAUCCUCUAGCACCAUUGUUUGAUCAAGAAAUCCAUAUGCUGAAACCUCGCUGUGUAAGAGCAUUAAAACGGAUAUUUGUUCUCUGUGACCACGACAUGGAUGGCGCCCUCAAUGAUGAGGAAUUGAAUGAGUUUCAGGUAAAAUGCUUCAGUACCCCACUACAACCUGGUGAAAUAGUGGGUGUGAAGAAAGUCGUGCAAGACAAGCUGCCUGAUGGAGUCAAUGAGCUUGGCCUUACCCUGACAGGAUUUCUUUUCCUAAAUGCUAUUUUCGUAGAGAAAGGUCGAACCGAGACAGCUUGGAGUGUUUUGAGGAAGUUUGGUUACAAUGAUGAAGUUAAACUCAGGGAUGAUAUUGUAUCAAGUGCAAAAAAAAAGGCACCUGACCAGAGUAUGGAGUUGACUAGUGAGGCCAUUGAGUUCUUGAAGGGGGUAUUCAGUUCCUUUGAUGAUGACAAAGAUGGAGUUCUGCAGAGUUCAGAGCUUGACGAUCUAUUUUCAACUGCACCAGAAUGUCCAUGGGAUGAAUUUCCUUACAAGGAUGCAGUUGAGCGAACUCCACUUGGGGGCUUAUCUCUCAAUGGGUUUCUCUGCGAGUGGGCUCUUAUGACAUUGUUGAACCCAACUCAGAGUUCAGCUAACUUGAUAUAUAUUGGAUACAACUGUUAUGCUGCAUCAGCUCUCAAUGUUACCAGGAGAAGAGUGGUAGACCGUAAGAAGCAAAAAUCAGAAAGAAAUGUGUAUCAAUGCCUUGUUCUUGGUCCUAAAAAUGCUGGAAAGUCAAAGUUGUUGAACUCCUUUCUAGGAAGACCUUUCUUAGAAAGUUAUAGCCCGUCAAAGAUGGACAAUUACGUGGUGAAUGUUGUUGAUCGUCCUGGGGGACCUAGAAAGACACUUGUUCUCCAUGAGAUUCCUGAAAUGGGUUUGCAAAAGUUGUUUUCUGAUAAGGAGUGUUUGGCUACUUGUGAUGUUGCUGUUUUUGUCUAUGACAGCUCGGAUAAAUAUUCUUUGAAACGAGCAUCAGAGCUGUUGGUGGAUGUUGCUAGACAUGCCGAAGAGAUUGGUUGCGAGAUGCCUUGUCUAUUAAUUGCAGCAAAAGAUGAUUUGGACUCCUUUCCUAUGGGAAUAAAAGAAUCGGAGAAGGUUUGUCAGGACUUGGGAAUAGAUGCACCUGUCCAUGUCAGUGUGAAGGAAAGAGAUCUUAACAACGUUUUCCAGAGAAUUGUGAAUGCUGCUGAGCACCCUCAUCUAAAUAUUCCGGAAACUGAAUUUGGCCGGAGUAAGAAACAACAUCGCGAACUUGUAAACCGUUCUCUUGUGUUUGUCUCAGGUAAAAUAGUAUUUGAUAUGAGCUUCAAUCUAAACUUUUGGUGUUUAACUUGUGUAGUUGCGCGCCUGUUUCCUCAUAUAUUCAUCUUGUCAAAGAAAGUUUUCCCAUUUUGAACCUAGAAUAAUAUCGUCGAGUUUUUAUUGUGUUUGAGGUUUGUUUGAGGAGAUAUAGGCUAAAAGACUACUGCACGUAUCAAAUAAGGGGUAUGAGGGUAUUAAAAAGGUUGGCAUCAUCACUGUGCACUUGUUCUGAUUCUUCAACUGAUUAUUGCAGUGAGUGCUGCCAUUGCUGUAGUUGGAUUGGCGGCUUACAGAGCCUAUGCUUCAAGGAAGAAUACCUCCAGUUAAAGUUUGCUCGUCAUUAAAACAUAGAAAGCUAUUCAUUGAAAUGGUAGGUACAACAUGUUCAUAUCCAAAAAAAAAAAAAAGGUACAACACGUUCAUUGGACCAACUCAGUGUACCAAUUUUUUUCCUAUAGUCCGUUGUGUACAUAAAAGUCUCAAGUUGUCUCCACAGUGAAAAUGUAGUUUUGGAAAGUAAGUAAGAAAUUUUGGUUUAGAUGGUUCCUGUGUAUAUUUUCGGUUGUACUACAUAUUCUCAAGAAGUCAGGUUCUUCCCAACCUGAAAGGCCUGUUAUAAUGGAUAGUACUGCAAUAUUUGGAGACUCUUGUUCGCAUGUGCAUUUGAGAAGUGAUCUUUCUUUUGAAGUGGGGUUUGGUGCUUAAAACCUCUCUCUGCUUUCUUUAAGCAUCAUGAAUACACGAAAAAAAUAUUUUUCCCUUCUUCAGAACUUAAUCUGUAGUAUGCAUGAGAAAACUAAAUCUGUAGUUUGCAGGAUAGUAGUUUGUUUGAAUAUCUGUAGUAUGUUCUUUUGAUGAAUAUGCAAGGUGAAAGUUCAUGAUUUACAGUUUCUUGAUUCUGUGAUUGUAUUGGCGUCGAUGGAAGGCAGUGUAGUCUAUGCUUUUUGGGCUCGUAUCAAGUCGACCCAUGCAAAACAGCGAGUGACCUAAAAAUUCAAGGAAAAUAUAGAUCAAUUGCGCUCCUCUUGGAGCUGAGAUAGUACUGGCGUUGUGGAUACAAUGGGAACAAAUGGCUGGAAGAAAAUACUAAUAAAAAUGGGCCUCAUUCUCAAAUUCAGUCGUAACACAGUAUGUACGAACAGUACGUAUAGUAAAGUUAGUCAUUGAUGAUUAGGUGUUAGAGAAGGAUGAACCUGAUGAGACGAACGUGCGAAGUAUGCAGAGAUAGUGG